AUGCCGUGGGGAUGGGAGUGCAGAGAAAGGCUUGUAAGACAAAAAAUAUUAAACCCUACGGUGCGGAAAAAUGCUAUAUCGCAAGAAGCAUCAAUGCCCGGCCCAGACCAUUACGAGACACCGGAGUUAUACUGUGGUCCAGGGUAUUCUCAUAUAAAAAGAAUGCCAGCAUAUACAUUUGGUUAUAAUACCAAACUGAUUGUAAAACCGCCUUAUAGGCCCAAUGCAAUAAUGUUAGACGUACGUGGAAUUGGUCCUAAAGGUCCCUUCAGAAUUCCGGGCAGUAUAAUAUCUCCACAAAUCGAACCUCCCUCUCCCAAGACUAAGGUUCCAGGGCCUGGGACCUACGUACCACGAGGUGAUUCCAGAUAUAAACGAACGCCAGCCUACACAGCGAUGCCAAAGGCUCGCCCACCAUACCAACCUUGGGAUCAAUGGACUCCACCACCCAACUUAUACCUACCACCCAUUCCUGAAAAGAAAGCACCGAAGUAUUCAUUCAGCAAUAAUUAUCGACCUAUACCCGUGCCAGAUAUACCGGGCCCAGGUUCACAUGAACCGAAUUAUAAAUACGUUAAACCCACGAAGCCGUCGUUUUCAUUCGGAGCUCCCCGAAAACCUCUACAGCCGCCACUGGUGCCACCACCUAACACGUAUUGUGAGAAAAAGUUCAACGCCGUUAAGCCGUCGAUUAGAGCUUCAAGUUUCGGCAUUCGUCACACUCCCUACUUGGGCAAACAGGAUGUCUACUUGAAAUCAUCCAAACAAGAUCUCCAAAUUAGUUGA